CUCAUCCCUCACCUCAUCCCAACGCGAUCGUCCCCCGCCACUAUUAUUGCCACACACCUACCCUUUGUCCUCUCCUUCCUUUCCCCAUUCCACUGCCGAUUCCUUCGUUUCCCCUCGUCUCUUCGGCUUUGAUUCGCUUCGAUUUCCGAUUCGCGAACCCUAGGGUGGUGGUGACCGGACAGCGCUGGGAUCCCGUGGUGACGCCGCGCAUGGAGAUCUCGUUCGAGGCGUGGGAGGGCGUGCAGCGGCACGGCCAGGAUCUCGCGGACCGCCUCGCGCAGGGCUUCACGGGCCUGCUCCAGGCGCCGCCGCAGUUCCCCUGGCCGCCGGCGCCGCACAAGCGGAUGCCCUUCGAGAUCGAUCUCCCCGUCGUUCCCUUCGGCGCCGGCCGCGGCGCCGGCGCCGGCGCGGGUAAGGAUUUCCCCUUCCCAGCCGCGGCCGUCUCCUCGGUCAUCGACAUCGGCGGGAGGCUCGGGCAGGCCGGCGUCGAGCUUGGGGCUUCCGUCGGCGGGGCCGUGCAGCACGUCGUAAGGCAGCUUCCCGUGCCGUUCCGGGGCGGCCAGAUCCGGCGACGCAAGCUGCCGUCCCCGCAGGCGCCGCCCCCUGCGGCCUCGGUUGGUGAGGGGGCGGUGGGGCACGCCGUAGAGAGGACUGUGGAUAGGUGCCCCCUCGAGGCGGCAGCGGCGGCAGCAGCCGCAGCGACUGGGAGCGCCGCCGCGUCGAGCGUCAGUGGUGUUGCGGGCGGCGAUGACUUGGAUGAAGAGGACGAGGGCUUCGGCUGCGACAUUGGGACUUUUGGGAACUUUAAGAAGUCAAAGGGUACUGUAAAUAUCUCAGCAACGUACAGUACAAGGAGUCAGGACAUUGAGAGUUCUGUUGUUGCACGCGGUGACCUCUGGAGGCUAGAGGCAUCACGUGGUGGUUCUACUUCUGGAAAUGAUACCUCGCCCCUUUACCUUAUUCAAUUGGGGCCUCUACUAUUUGUUCGAGACUCUACACUUCUCUUGCCUGUUCAUCUAUCAAAGCAACACCUGCUUUGGUAUGGUUAUGAUCGCAAGAAUGGAGUUCAUUCUCUCUGUCCAGCUAUAUGGUCAAAACAUAGGAGAUGGUUGAUGAUGUCGAUGAUGUGUCUCAAUCCAGUAGCCUGUUCCUUUAUGGAUCUGCAGUUCCCUAAUGGGCAACUAACCUAUGUUGCUGGCGAGGGGAUAUCGGCCAGUGGUUUUCUUCCGUUAUUUAGCGGGUUGCUUCAAGCUCAUGGAAAAUAUCCAGGAGAAACAAGAGUGAACUUUUCUUGCAAGAAUAAGCAUGGCACAAGGUUCACUCCUAUGUUUCAAUGGCCGGACAAGUCUGUUUCAUUCGGAGUUACUCAAGCCUUAGCAUGGAAAAGAUCUGGUCUUAUGGUGAGACCCAGCAUACAAGUCAGUGUGUGCCCUACGUUUGGAGGAAGUGAUCCUGGGGUACGUGCAGAAGUUGCCCAUUCAUUGAAGGAGGAACUUAACUUAAUGUGCGGCCUCUCUUGUUCAAGACGUCCAUUGGCUUUUGCUGCUCUCUCUAUUGGGCGAUCUAAGUGGAAUGGUCAAGUGGGCAGUUCUGGAAUGGUAAUCACCUUGGAAACACCUUUUAAUAACAUUGGAAGGCCAUCGUUAUCUGUUCAAUUGAAUGGUGGUUUUGAGUUGUGAUGUCUUGAAUCCUGUGCUGAAGUUGUACAUAAAGUGUAUAUAUUGCUAUCACAUAGUCCAUUCUCCAUAGUCGUGGAGACAGCUGCCGAGCUGAUCAACCUAGAAAGUGUCCGUGGAAGUGGGUUGCAGCUCGUUUUUGUUACCAUAGGUCUCAACUUGGCAAAUCGGCUGCUAUGUUCCCCAUGUGGUUAGAGAAGUCAACUGCUUUAUUCCCCAUUCCGAGACUUGCAUUAUUGUCUCGCCAUCCUUGAUACUUGCAGUUGAGCUCAUCUUUUUGGAAGUUCAAAAAAAAGGAAAGUUGUGAGCUCAUCUUGCUAUGACCUGUGCCUGUGUGCAGACAUGUAGUCAUGCAAGAAGAUGCUCAUCAAGAAGCUCAUCCUUUUGGUGCAAGACUGAUAACACUUGUAGCAAUACUUGAAACAUUGCUGAUAUCCAAUUGUCUGCCAUCUGUAUUGCUUGUGUUGGAUCUUGUUACCAUCACAAUUGAUCAUCAGACGGCUUGCAUUGUUGAUUGUUGAGACACUAAUUGGUGUGCGUUUUUUGCUGCAAUCUUGUGUUCUUUUACAUGUAAUGAACUAAUGAUCAAUGAAUGGAAGACUAGCUUGGAGUCUUGGACCA